AAGGGAUGGUUGUAUUUUACUCUUCUAUUUCCCACGGACAAAUAUCGUUAUUCCAUUAAGUUUCAUACGGAGCAAUCGUAGCGUUGAUAGUUAAUUUGAAUGAAGAAAAAAAUCAGUGAAAUUAGUCAAUCAGUUCAAUAAAUCAUUUCCGAGCAAAUAAACAAAGGCAAUUGGCAUCAAGACUCGAAGCGAGCCAAGAUUUGAACAUAUUAAACUGAAGGUGGAAGUUGAAUGAUGUUGGCGCUCAUCGAAUUUGUGAAAAUGGGGCGACUGUAAAACGCAAUUCUAAUUUCAUUUUCCCCGGCCGUUGAACAUUAAAUAUUGAUCUUUAUUCUCCGGUUGUUGCUAUGAUGUUUGCAUUGAAAUGGCAAAUGUGUUACCUCAACAAUAUGCGGAUGCAGAUAAAGAAUGGAUGCCAGCGAUUCAAUUAAAGAGUUCUCAAUAAAUUAAACCUGUCUAACGCAAUAAAAGUGACAAGUAAAUGUGUACGAUAAAACUGAACAUAGUAUAAAUCCAUAUGACCACCCAACCAAUAAUCGGACAACUAGAUGAAAUGGCAGUUGCCGUAAUUGAAGUGGACUCUUAUGCCACUUUUGGUGCAUGUUUCGUGAUUUGAUAAUAAUUUUGUUUUUCGUCUUUUGUUUAACAUGGUGUCAAAAUGGUUACGAGCUUGAUGCUUAGCAAACAUGAAAAAGAACAAUAGUGGAAAAAAGUGUGCAUUUGUUCAUAAUUUCAUCGCCUUCAAAAGUAAAUAUAUAGUAAAUCAACAUAAGAUUCUUACCACAAUUAUGGGCUGCUCAUUUCAUAAUCUAUCUUAAACUCAGACUCAUUGUUGUGUUUUGUGGGAAUGUAUUCAACAAACACCAGCUAUGUAUAUAAAAUCUGGUUAAUGUAAUGUAAGACAUUCAAAUCGGUGCUGCUUGCUUAGAUGCAAUUAAUCGAUGUUUGUUCUGCGGUGUGGACUAAAAGCACGUCAUGCCAAACACGAAUAAUAUAAUGGUAUUAGUAAAAUUUGGGCUCCCUGGGGCUCGAUUAUUUGGUUGCAAUGUAUAACAUGCAUUAGAUUGACUCUCAAUGAAAAUAUUUUUUAAGUAAAUGUUGUGUGUCAUCGUCGUCAACAUCAUCGUCCAAACACUGUUGUUAACUCGAAGGAUAAUGGACACUUAGAGUUUUAGUAAAACUACUUUUCGCAAAAUUAGAUCGACCAAGUUGGUAUGACAUGAAAAAACUGUAUGUUCCAUAGAUAAAGAAAAAUACAAACAUAAAUUUGUUGUAAUGCAACAGACUUUCAUCCAACACAGAAUACAGAUUGGUCUUCAUGCUAACAUUGAACGCAAAUGCUCUAGCCGACCACACCUUUGAUACCCUAUGAACUUCUCACAAGUGAGCAGCUGAAAGGAUCUAUGAAAAGUCAUGACACGAAUAGAUAUUUAGAUACGUGUAACCUAUAGGAAAGUGAGAACAGUUCGACACCAGUUAUAUGUAUGAUUCAAUGUGAAAUUCAUUUAUUUGACCUAGACAAGAAUGACGCCGUAGACGUAAUAAUCUUUUAGAUGCAACAUAAAUAAAAUGGAAAAAUAAAUCUUCUCGCUCUUGGUGCGAUAAUUAAUUUUUCCAUUUCGUUAGAUAAAACAAAGAUAAAAAUUUGAAAGGCCUAACAAAGUUAGCAUUCAACAUCAUCAAAGAAAACAAAACUAAUAAAAGCAAAUCGUUUGAAAUGUGGAACGAUACGGAAAUAAUAGCGGAAUCGAGCAUAAGCAUAACAACUGCCACGACAUUGGCAAAUAAUAAUAAUUCAGACCAAGAUUUAUGUCCUAGCCCCGAAAAAAAUCGAUAUCCGUCAGUGAUUGGGAUCGAUUUGGCCGUACCACAAUGGCAAGCAGUUUUAAUCACAAUCACACUUUCAUUCAUCAUCAUUUUAACGAUAAUCGGAAAUGUGUUGGUGAUACUGAGCGUAUUUACGUAUAAACCAUUACGAAUUGUGCAGAAUUUUUUCAUUGUGUCACUGGCAGUGGCCGAUUUAACGGUGGCUAUAUUAGUACUUCCGUUUAAUGUGGCCAACAUGAUUGUCGGCCGUUGGAUAUUUGGAAUCCAUUUGUGUAAAAUGUGGCUGACAAGCGAUGUUCUAUGUUGUACCAGUUCGAUUUUGAAUCUAUGUGCAAUCGCAUUGGACCGAUACUGGGCAAUCACCGAUCCAAUAAAUUAUGCACAGAAACGAACUGUUGAACGCGUUUUGAUGUUGAUUGGUGGUGUUUGGAUUUUAUCAUUGGUGAUAAGUUCGCCACCGCUAAUUGGAUGGAAUGAUUGGCCUGAGGUAUUCGAUAGCACAAAACAUCCAUGUACAUUAAAUUCGAAUCCCGGCUAUCGAGUAUAUUCAGCAUUGGGCUCAUUUUUUAUACCGCUUAUAAUAAUGACAAUUGUUUACAUCGAAAUUUACAUAGCAACAAAGCGUCGUUUACGCGAACGAGCGCGGGCCUCACGUAUAAAUGCAAUGAAUUUAACUGCAGCAGUUGCAAGUGGCAAAGAACCAAUACCGACAACACAACAAGAUCAAGAAUCAAUUAGUAGCGAAACAAAUCACAACGAACAUCCGAAUGUAACAAAUCAAAAGGCACAUGCCAAACACAUGGAAAAACGACGAAAAAAACAGAAACACAACAAGGCCAACAAAGAUUCUAACAAACAAGAACAAAAACAUACCGAACAUUUACUAAAACCGAUCAUGAUAAAUGAUGAUUCGGCGACUGAUUUGCACGACCAUUCAACCGAAAGCAUGAAAAUCAAUGAAAACGAUGAUGGUGAUGCAAACACAACAACACCGAACAAAGAACGUCAUCAUGCAAACCGAGCCGAAACAAUGACCAAAAAAACAAACACCGUUUACCAAUUCAUUGAAGAGAAGCAAAAGAUUUCAUUGUCAAAGGAACGAAGGGCUGCCAGAACACUAGGCAUUAUUAUGGGUGUAUUCAUUUUGUGCUGGGUACCGUUUUUUAUUUUGUAUAUUGUUACACCGUUUUGCCCAAGUUGUUGCCCGUCAGACGAACUCAUUGAUCUGCUUACUUGGUUAGGUUAUAUGAACUCAGCAUUAAACCCAAUCAUAUACACUAUUUUCAAUUUAGAUUAUAGGCGCGCGUUUAAAAAGUUGUUAGGCAUGAAACAUUAAAAUUAUUUUGAAAUCAUCAUUUAUUUUCGGUGAAUUUUUUUCAAAUAGGAAUAUAUGCACACAUUUAAAUAUUGUUUAAAUUUUGGGUACAACGAUUUUCACCGGUGGUUGACCACAUCCAACAAAAUCUAUUUGUUUUCUUAUUUCGGUUGCAAAUUUUUACCACGAAUUUCAAUACGAUUUUUGUGUGUGCAUGGUAAAUUAAAAAAGAAAGAAAAUUGUUCUGUGAUUUGAUUUUAUAACGUACAUGUAUAAUUGAAUUAAAAAGUUGCCCUUAUUUUAUUGCAAAUAAUGAUACAGUAUGAAAUGUCAGAGAUUGGUUCUAAUUUGUACACAAAUCCAUAUGAAAUGUGUACCGUCAUUUCCCGAGUACACCGGCGGCGCUCUUUACAGAGCGUGUGCGCUCUUAUUGACGCUCUUCUGAAUAUCUUUUUAUUCAUCUUCUUUACAAUAUAAGCA